UAAAAUAAAUAUCAUAACAAACAAUACUUACCAUUUUUUACAUAAUAAUCAUAAUGAAAAAACAAAGAAAUACAGAAGCAGAAGAACGAAAUCCUUGUUUAAAGGAACAAGAUCUAACAUUUAAAUGUUUUCAUGAUCACAGCUUCGACAAGGAAGCUUGCGAAACAGCAAUUGAUAAUUACAAACUUUGCAAAUCUUUUUGGUUUGCAGUUCAAAAAGAUAGAAGAAAACAAGGAAUUAGACCUGUAAUGCCACCUUUAUCUGAAAGAGACAACAUAAAACGCGAUUUUUUUUCUAAAUUUCAACAACAGCAAUAAGUUCGAUAUAUUUUAAAUGGG